UGGCUGCUGGUGCACCGUUAUCAACAAUUUACUAAACCCCCGGGGGGAGUGAAAGUGGCUCAAAUUUUCCCACCCUCCCCCCCCCCCCGCCUAUUUCCUUCCUUCCUCCCUUCCCUCCCCACUUCACACACACACCUCCGGCGUUUUGUUUUUUUUUUUCUCGUCUCCGUAGUUGGAUGUUUCCCCCUUCUCUUUGCACUUUAAAUUGAUGAGGUUUGUAGUGCGCGGCGGUACGCUGGCCGUCCGCGCCGUUGCUAGGGGCUGAUCGUGCCGUCGAGGGGGCUGGGGCUGCUCUGAAGUGAGGCGGGUGGCGGCGCUGGUGCCCCCGCCGUGUGUUGGUGUUCGUAGCCGCCCACCGGCCGCAGCUCUCCCACACCUUCAGCCAUUUAACGGUUUGGAGGAUCUUUUUGUCACCUUACCCCCCCUCCCCUCGGAUCCUUCCAGAGAACCCGAGUUUAAAGCUGCCAAAGAGCCUCAGGAAGAAAUUCAAAGUGAGAAAGAACAAGAAACUAAAGAAGAGGACCGUUUGAUGGAAGAAAAGAAAAAGAAAAAACAAGAAGAGAAGAAGAAGAAGGAAGCUGCGCAGAAAAAGGCUGCUGAACAUAAAACCAAAGUGCCAGAAACUACCAAGACCAGUCAAAGCCAGCCACAGCCUGCCAACUCCUCCAACAGCACUUCCACUACCACUGUCACUAACAGCAGUGGAAGCAAUGGAAAGCGAGCUUCUACCAGUUGUCAGCAACAGGCCUUGUCUCGUUACCCACCCCGUGAAGUGCCACCUCGCUUCCGGCAUCAAGAACAGAAGCAGCUAUUGAAAAGAGGGCAGCCACUGCCACCUGGAACUGCCAUCAGCAAUAGUUUAGCACAAGGUACAGGGCAAGUGGCCGCAAACUCUUCACAGCACAGCACUCAACAAACGUCUGGUGGACCACAGCAACUCCAGCAUCUUGGUAAAGGACAGACUGAUAUCAGCCACAGUGGUUUGGGAAAUCAUUAUGAAAAUUCCCACUGGGGUCAACCCCCCUUUAGAAGUGAACCAAACAGCAUCUGGGAUAAAGUGAUAAUAGACGGGAGUGACAAAGAGGCUUGGCCUUCCAUUUCUGGAAACGAGACUGAAACUGCCUCAGAAUGCACAGACACUGACUCUGCCUCAACCUGUGGCUCUGAUACUAGUAGCAUGGCUACAGGGAGUGCACCAGGCAACUUCAAUGGACAAAAUAAAAAUUGCAAUAACGCUGGUAAUGGGGCACUUGUCCAAAGCAGUUCAAACCAGAGUGCCAUUGGAGGUGGAGCAAAUGGUGGAAAUGGAAAUUCGUCCAGGGUGUGGGCUGUUGCCUCAGGUUCUGCACCUGGAAUAGGUCACUGCUCUGCUACCAGUGCAAGUGGAAAGAUGGACAGCAUUGUGAGUGUAAAUCCAAACUGUUGGGGCACUUCUACAUCCACUGCUGGCAUUAACCUGAAUCUUAAUCCCAAUGCCAACCCAGCUGCUUGGCCCGUAGUUGGGCAAGAUAUUCAAGGAACCGUAGGAGGAGGAAAUGCUUCAACUGUUUGCAGUUCCAGUAAUUCCAUUGAUCAGAAUCUUGGUAAUCCCAAUAAUGGUCCGACAGGUACAUUGAAUACCUGGGGAAAUUUGCUGCAGCAGGAAAGCACAGAAAUACAAACAUCCACUUCACAGAAUGUGUCUUUCAGCAUACAACCUCAGAACCUUAACACUGAUGGACCAAAUAACACUAACCCCAUAAACUCUUCACCAAACCCUAUCAAUGCAAUGCAAGCAAACGGACUGCCUAAUGUUUCUGUACCAGGAGGCUGGGCAAUGACUGUAAGCAUGGGUGCAAUAAACCCAUCCCAUCUUCAAAACCUUCCUGGUGCUAGUGGGUCACCUGCAGUUUCUCAGCUCAAUGGAGGUAACAGUGAAGGAAUGAACAAUCCUUCAUGUAACUCUGUGUGGGGAAUGCCACACACUAAUCCUACAGCCACCAAUGGUAACUCUGGAUUUAGUCAGGGGAAUGGAGACACUGUGAAUUCCGCGUUAAGUUUAAGUGCUAAGCAGACAUUAGCAAACAAUUCUAAUAGUGCUGUAGAAAAGGAUGUUGGAAGCAAUGCUUGGGACUCUGGCCCUCCUACCAGUCCUGGGGUACUGCCUUGGACAAGGGCUGGUACCAUUGGGGGCUUGCACUCUGGUCCCAGUAACAAUGGAGCUUGGGGUAACACAACAUCCAACAGGAACACCAACAACGGUGUAAAUGGAGAAUGGGGAAAACCCUCAAACCAGCAUUCCACUAAUGAAGCGAAUGGUAAUGGAAAAGGAUCGUGUUCCUGGGAGGCCCUUUGUGUUAGUAGCCAAGCUCCUGUUUUGCAGCAAAGUAAUGAACAAAUUAACUCUUGGGUGAAACCUUCUGAAUCGGGUACCACUGGUAGUGAUGGGAGUAAUGAAAGUGGUGGUAGCCAUCAUGAAGGAAGCACUGGAAGAAAUGGAGGAAGGCACAAUGGUAGUCGGCGAAAGACUGACAAAGGAAUAAUUGAACAGCAAGGGCUGGUCCAGACUGUUGUAUUAAAACCGGAUCAUGACCCUAGAGUUUUAUGUAAUACUGGAUGGGGCCAGACACCAGUAAAACAGAACAUUUCUUGGCAAAUUCAAGAAUCUCUGAGGUCUGAGCGAAAAAGUGACAUUGGAACUGAGGCUUGGGGUUCAGUUGCUGCCCAAUCUUCAAACUCAGGAGGGAGAAGUGAUGGGUCUAGCAUGAGCAGUACUAAUACCUCGACAGUAUCCGGGUGGGGAAAUCAUCCACCAACAGUCAUGUCCAAUAGUACAGGAUGGGGAGACAAAGUACCUAAUGGCCAAGGGGGAUGGGGGGAUUCUUCAAAUUCAAAUGCUGCUGCUGCCACAGCCAAAAGUGGCCAUGCCUGGAGUGGGGUUUCUGGUCAGGAGGAAAAGCCACCCACUUGGGUAGACUCUCAGAAACCUAAGCCUCAGAAUUGGGGUGAAGGACAGAAAAGUAAUCAAGGCUGGGCAUCAGGAAGUGGAGUCGUAGGGGGUGGUAGUGGAGGAGGGGAUUGGACUGAUUCUGCCACAGGAUCGUUAGCUGAGGCAAAGAAAAAUGGGUCUGGUUGGGAUAAUGAAAAUAACAGAUCUGCACCUAAUUGGAGUGAGACCACCAGAUCGCAGUCUAGUGGAUGGAGUAAUGGUACUACCAGCAAGCCAAACCCAAGUACAGGCUGGGGAGAGCCUUUAAAGUCAAAUGGACCACAGAACUGGGGAAAUAAACCUCAGGAUAAUAAUGUUAAUACCUGGGGAGGAACUGCUUCUAUAAAACAGUCUAAUUCAGGUUGGAUUGGUGGACCUAUGUCUACAAAACAGAAGGACAGUGAAUCCACUGGCUGGGAAGAGCCUUCUCCACCAUCUAUUCGCCGCAAAAUAGAGAUAGACGAUGGUACCUCAGCUUGGGGAGACCCAACCAAUUACAAGAAAACAGUAAACAUGUGGGAUAGAAACAAUCCUGUGAAUCAAAGCAGUAACAAUACCGUGACUGAACAGCAACAACCACCUCCGCCUCAUCAGUCAUCUGCCGCACAAAACCGCUCGCCGCUGCUUGCUCCUGGUUGGGGAGAAGCACUCAGUGUUCCUGCGAAAACUGAGAACUCUUGGGGUGAGCCACCUUCUCCAUUGACUGCAGUUGAUAAUGGGACUUCAGCAUGGGGCAAACCUCCCAAUGGCAGUUCAGGGUGGGGAGAUAAUACUGUGGAAUUAACGGGGAACUUUGGAAGAGGGAAUCCUCCCGCUGCUGCCCCGGCAAUGUGCAAACCAGCUUCUAAAACUAUGCAAGAAGGUUGGGUCAGCGGUGGAGAUGAAAUUUCCCUCAAUAGUAGCCAUCAUUCUAACUGGGAAGAAGAUGAGGGAGAGAUGGGAAUGUGGAAUAAUGUAGCUUCUCAGGAGAGCAACUCUUCCUGUAAUUCAUCAGGCUGGAGCAAUGCUAGCAAGAAAGUGCAUCAGAAGAGUAUAAAAGCAUCCAGUAAGCAAGAAGAGACUUGGCUUAUGAAUCGCCUGAUAAAGCAAUUGACUGAUAUGGGUUUUCCUAGAGAACCAGCAGAAGAGGCUCUGAAAUGUAAUAACCUGAAUCUUGAUCAGGCUAUGGAUGGAUUUUCCCCUUUUCCAGGUGCUCUGUUGGAAAAGAAAGUGGAGAUGGACAAACGUGGAAUGGGAAUAUCAGAUUACAAUGGAAUCGUUUCUAAACCACUUGGCUGCCGACCACCUUCUGUCUCCAAAGAGUCUUCCGUGGAUCGCCCCACCUUUUUUGACAAGCUCACCCUAUCUUUCUCCAAUCAGGAUGGCGGCCUAGUGGAAGAGUCCCCUACUUCACCAUUUUUGCCUUCACCAAGCCUGAAGCUCGCCCUUUCAAACAGUGCACACCCUAAUCAGGCUCUUGGUGCCAUUGCCUCCGGGCUGGGCAUGCAAAACUUGAAUUCUUCUAGACAGAGUGGCAAUCUAGGUAUGUUUGGCAAUAGCGGAGCAGCACAAGCCAGGACCAUGCAGCAGCAACAGCAGCCGCCAGUGCAACCUCUUAACUCAUCCCAGCCUAGUCUUCGUGCUCAAGUGCCUCAGUUUCUAUCCCCUCAGGUUCAAGCACAGCUCUUGCAAUUUGCAGCAAAAAACAUGGGUCUCAACCCUGCACUAUUAGCCUCGCCAAUUAACCCUCAGCAUAUGACUAUGUUAAACCAACUUUAUCAGCUGCAGCUGGCCUACCAGCGUUUACUCUUCCAGCAGCAGAUGUUACAGGCCCAGCGCAAUGUUUCUGGAACCAUUAGACAACAAGAGCAGCAAGUUGCACGUACAAUCAACAACAUGCAGCAGCAGAUCCAACAACACCAGCGGCAGCUGACCCAGGCCUUGCUUAUGAAACAGCAGCCAUCACAUCCACCAUUGCACCCAUCUGCAGGCAAAGUAACCAUUGAUAAUCUGAGUCAUCAUCCACCUCCCAGCCUUUCAGACCUGCAGACCAAAGAGCAACAAACUUCACCCAAUUCUUUCCCUGCAUAUUCCUUGGCUGGAUUGAUCCCAAAUAUGAAUGUAAGCAACAUGGAACUAAAUGCUGGUUUAUCCAUGAAGGAUCCGGCUCAAGCCCAAUCUCGAUUGAGGCAGUGGACCCACCCCAACUCUCUUGAAAAUUUAAGCAGCAAUUCUUUAUCGUUGGAUCAGAACCAGAGCAAGCAUGGUGCUAUCCCUGGAGGUCUCAAUAUUGGUCCAACAAUCAAGCCCUCCCUUGAGGACUCCUACAGUCCAUAUGAUCUGAUAACCAGCAGUGAGUCACCAGCCAGUCCACCGGUACCAGUCACUGAUAGCUGGACACGUGCCAAAUCCCCUGCCGAUAAGAUCUCAAAUGGCUCCAACAUUAACUGGCCACCAGAGUUUCGGCCCGGGGAACCCUGGAAAGGACUUCAGAAUAUCGACCCUGAGACUGACCCUAAUGUUACACCCGGAAGUGUCCCAAGUGGACCUUCCAUCAAUACUACUAUCCGGGAUGUGGAUCGCUAUCUGCUCAGGGACAGGAGUGGAGGGUCAUCCCCAACAUCUCAGAACGCCACGCUGCCUUCAUCUAGUGCCUGGUCCUUCAGUGCCUCUGGCUACACUAGCUCUUUCAGCAGCUCUACAUCUGCACCUAAUCCUGCAGCUAAACUGACAGAUAAAUCUACUUGGUCACCUGGACCCAUUGCUCAAAGUCAAGCACCACUGUCACAUGAAUUGUGGAAAGUGCCGCUAGGAUCCAAAAACACUAGGCCACCACCAGGUCUGACAAAUACCAAGCCAUCACCAUCCUGGGGUGUCAAUUCGCUCGGACUUGUCUCGAGCUGGCCAAGCUCUUACUCCUCCAAUUCUGCUUGGAGCACUGAUAGCUCUGGAAGAAAUAAUAGCUGGCUGGUUCUGCGAAAUCUAACACCCCAGAUUGAUGGCUCCACUUUGCGGACUUUAUGCAUGCAGCAUGGUCCAUUGAUAACAUUCCAUCUGAACCUAACCCAAGGAAAUGCUGUGGUUCGCUACAGCUCUAAGGAAGAAGCAGCUAAAGCCCAGAAGUCUCUCCACAUGUGUGUUCUGGGAAACACUACUAUCCUCGCUGAAUUUGCCAGUGAUGAGGAAGUAAACCGUUUCUUUGCACAAGGUCAAUCGCUCUCUCAGACCUCCAGUUGGCAGUCUAACACAGGAACAAAUCCGAGCCGACUUGGGUCAAGCACCAACUCUCACGGAUUGGUUCGCAACGAUCUAGGCCACUGGAAUACUACAAGCUUGAGUGGGAAAGGAACCAAUGACCUCCUCUGGAGUAGUGUCCCUCAGUACUCCAGCAGUCUAUGGGGUCCUCCUAACAAUGACGACAGCAGAGUAAUGGGCAGCCCUACACCUAUAAACACCUUACUCCCUGGUGACCUACUCAGUGGAGAAUCAAUGUAGGGAAAACUGAUGAUGUUGUGAAGCUAACAAUCAGCACUAAACAACCCAAUUCCGGACAUCGUUAUGGCCCUGGAUCCACAACCUCUUCUGGUUGGGUGAGGGAAUGUGGACAGGGAGUGGGAGUGGGGAUGGGGUUGGGGAGGGUGGGGUUAGGGUUUGGGGCAUGGAAAGUCUACUUUUGCGAGCCUGGGUUUAGUAUGCACAUUACCCUUGCUUUCAUUAUUUUGUUUGAUCCCAAAAACAUAUCAACACAAAUACUUGAAUCAAGCAGGCCAAUAAUGAAAUGUGAAAACCGUCUAAUUUACACUUCUGAGGUGUUGUCAUCACAAAAUAGGCUCAAACAAAAAAAGUUUAUUGUGUGUGUGUGUGUAUGUGUGAUGGUGCAGAUGUAUGCAUCUAUUUGUGUGAGUGUGUAUGAAAUCAGUGUGUUUUGUUUCUUUAUACAGUAUAUGCUUUUAUUUGCUCGUUGGUCAAAUUAUUAGCUUCUAACUUUGCACUGAGUGUCUGCAGCCCCUCCAGCUAAUCUUACAAAGGGGGCCAGCAGCAAUUCACGUGUAAAUGUUUACUCAAGGACACUCUUAACAGUGUGUGCUCUGGAGAUGAUGUGUAUACCUACCUUUAGUGGCUUUUUUGUGGACUAAUGCAAGAGAAUUAUUACAGGAGUAUUGCACCAGUUUUCUUUCAGAGUAUAAAAAUAAAAUAAAAAUGCUCUAGUUGAACUGUGGCCAUAGCUACACAAUAGAGUGGACCCAUCCUGCAAGCAGGUUUGGGAAGCACUUGGACUGGAUAUUUUUGUGACUGAUUUAGAGGUGCCUAUGUGUGGUAACCUCCUGUUUACAAACUUUGCAGAACUUAAAAAAAAAAAAAAAAAAAAGGAAAAAAAAAGAAAAAAGGACAAUUACUCUUCCAUCAAAACCUAUUUUCAGAAUGAAGAUGUGCUACUUCAGAACUCUGGGAAUGAAGUGUUUUUUUUGGCCAUUGUUGUGUAUUUUUUCCUUUGUAAAUUUUUGCUCACUUUCUUGCACACAGUGGAUAACGUCUCAGGAAGGCCUGAAUUUUCUGGGGAGCUACUCCACGCCAUUUCAUGUAUUUUAACCCAACUUCUAGCACUGAAGAAAAAGAAAAUACCUGUUUAUUCUGUAGCAGUUACUUAUUUACCAAAUAAUGGACACAACAAUGUUUGAAGAGUGCUUUAUGAAAUGCUUUAUGUUUUAAAAAGAAAUCAAUGCUUUUGAUUGUGUUAAAGACAAUUGACUAACAUACUGUAAAGUAUGUUGCUGUAUAAACUCUCCUUGUCCCAGCCUGCUUGGAUCAGGUAACUUGUGCAUUAUCUUUGAAUAGGUUUUUAUUGGUUUUAUCAAGCUGUUAUUGGCAAGAAAAACGCUGGUUUUAAAGUGGAUCAUGAACUAUGCACAAAUGGGUUCAAGAUUUUUGUUUUUUCUGAAUUAUAGUAGAGUGUAUUUACUUGUUUCUUCUCGAAGGUAUUUUGCAUCUCAUUGCCAUUAUGUAUAUUCCAAGCCGAAAAUAGUCUUGAGUUGUAGAAAAAAGCCUGACUUUAAAAGAUUUUGGGGGGGUGGGGGGGAAAAGUGGGAGUGAAAGUCUGUGUCUGUUUCAUUUUUGCCUUUGAAUUACAAAUGUUGGUAAUCCAAAUUUUUUUUUAAAGAAAGUUGGUGGCUUUUAACAAUUUCUUUUCCUCAUAGAAUGUGAUUGUAAAAAGGAAAUAUGCACAGCAAAUUGUUUUCUUGAACUAUUGGGCUUCUUUAGAACUAUUAAUUGCAGUUUUCCCCUGGGAAUUGAACAAGAUCAUUAAAGCAUUAUUCAUUUGAGAUGAAGGAUAUUUUUUAUUCACUUACGCUGAGUGAAUCCUAAAGACUCAGUGCAUUGUGGUGAAGCUGCUUACCCACUCCAUUCACUGUUUACUAUGAAAUUAGCAGAUUACCCCAUGGUGGAUUGCACUAAGUGGAUAGUCUCGGUUUAAAGAUGAGGUAACCCCAUCAAAUCUACAAAGAUGUUGUUCUGUCGAGAUAUCUCUGAAACAUUAAAUGUUGAAAACUUAAACCAUGUCGGAAACAAACCUCAAGCAAUUCUAUGAUAGCAUGUAAAUUUUUUUUCAAAAUAUAUGCUGUAUUGUGCAUCUUUUGGUGAGAUCCCCAAAUGAAUCAGUGAACCAUUCCAUGAGUUUGAUAACCUGGUCUGGCACCAGUGAAAAUGUGUGUGUAUAUUUUGUUGGGAAUUUAAGACCACCCACUGGUUUAUCAAAUGCUGCCUCCACAAGAGCCUGUGAAUACAUGGAAUUAUUUAAUUUGUAAUUACAAAUUGACACCAGCAUUCCAAAUUGGUGUAAUCAGAUUUGAAGUGUAGCUCCACUCCCAAAUUCUGACGUUAUUGGAAGUCUUAUCGAAGAGAUAUUUUUCUGCCCCUCCUUUUUUUGGGGGGAAAAAUGUGGUAACAGUUUAUUUCCGAUUUCAGUACAUAUUGUGGAAUCUUGCCUGUACUAAGCUGACAAAUGAAUCUUGGAGGUUUUCUCGCAUCUGAACUUGUAUUGAAUAAUUAGACUGCACUGUACAAAUGACAGGCUUCUGUAUAUAAUCUACUAGAGUUCAAAUUCAGUUACAGAAAUGUUAUGUCAAAGCACUGUUGUAAACUGAAACACAGAACUAGUUUCGGGUAAUAAAAAUGUUCAGUGUGGGAGCUGAGAGAACACAUGCCAUAACCCCUUCCCAUGCGUAGUUUUUUUCGUUAAGAAAUGGAACGAUUUUUUUUUCAAGAAAAACUCCAAGCUUUACUUUGAGAUAGCAAAGCACAACUAGCCACAUUGAAUGCAAAACAAAAAAAAUGUUUAAAGCGCAAGGGUUUUUCAGGUGAAAUGUUUAAAUGUGAUGCAUUUGAAAUUAAAGUUUGAUUUGGGUUAACCAUCGUAAGUAAAGACGUUUGACCGUUUGUUUACUUUAAUGGACUAUUUUCCCGUUCCCGUGAUCCUUUGUACCAGAAACAAGGGGCAGAACUGACACAAGCCCAAACGUUGAAAAUGUUGUGGCAAGCAUUGUGCGCAUAUGUUGUUCAUCGGAUAUUCAUCCAAAUCAAGUUUUCACCUUGUAAUGUUUAAAAUACAUUUUUUUGUUUUUGCUGUUACAAUAUGUAUUAUUGAGUCAACAAUGAAUAAAAGAUUAUGCCUCCA